UUCAAAACCCUUCUUUUCAUGCUCCUGAUUCUACACUCCUCAGUAGCAAGAGGAGCAGUUUAUCUCAAGUAUAAGGAUCCUAAGCAACCACUAAACGUUCGAAUAAACGAUUUGCUAAACCGCAUGACUCUCGCUGAGAAGAUCGGUCAGAUGUCGCAGAUCGAACGAGCAACUGCCACCGCCGAAGUGAUCGAGAAGUACUUCAUUGGUAGUGUACUAAGCGGGGGAGGCAGUGUGCCUGCUCCUCAGGCUUCUGCAGAGACCUGGAUGAACAUGAUCACUGAGAUGCAGAAGAGUGCACUUUCCACCAGGCUUGGUAUUCCAAUCAUCUAUGGCAUCGAUGCAGUUCAUGGCCACAAUAAUGUCUACGGAGCCACCAUUUUCCCUCACAACAUUGGUCUUGGAGCUACCAGGGAUCCAUCUCUUGUGAGGCAGAUCGGUGCUGCUACUGCUCUGGAAGUUAGAGCAACAGGCAUUCCUUACGUUUUUGCUCCCUGUGUUGCGGUCUGUAGAGAUCCGAGAUGGGGACGCUGCUACGAGAGUUACAGCGAAGACCCCAAAGUGGUCGAACAAAUGACGGAGAUAAUUGACGGCCUGCAAGGAACUAUUCCUGCGAAUUCCCGCAAAGGAGUCCCCUUUCUCGCCGGACGGAAGAACGUGGCAGCCUGUGCGAAGCACUACGUCGGUGAUGGUGGAACGUACAAAGGAAUCAACGAGAACAACACCGUCAUCGACCUGCAUGGAUUGCUCAGCAUCCACAUGCCUCCCUACUAUCACGCCAUCAUCCGAGGCGUCUCCACCGUGAUGGUCUCCUACUCGAGCUGGAACGGCGUCAAGAUGCAUGCUAAUCGUCGCCUCGUCACCGAUUUCCUCAAGAACACGCUUCGAUUCAGGGGGUUCGUGAUCUCGGAUUGGCAAGGAAUCGACAAGAUCACGACGCCACCUCAUGCGAAUUACUCCUACUCCGUCACUGCUGGAAUCAGUGCUGGCAUCGAUAUGAUUAUGAUCCCUAACAACUACACCGAGUUCAUCGACGACCUGACGGACCAAGUGGAGAGCAAGAUCAUCCCCAUGAGCCGAAUCGAUGAUGCUGUGAGGAGGAUCCUUCGAGUCAAGUUCACCAUGGGCCUGUUCGAGAACCCCUUCCCCGAUCCCAGCUUGGUCGAUCAGGUCGGCAAGCAGGAGCACCGCGAGCUCGCCCGAGACGCAGUGAGGAGAUCGCUCGUGCUCCUCAAGAAUGGGAAGUCCGCCGACGCUCCCGUGCUCCCGCUUCCCAAGAAGACAGGCAGCAUUCUCGUCACGGGAAGCCACGCGGAUAACUUGGGUUACCAGUGCGGCGGGUGGACGAUCACUUGGCAGGGACUCGGCGGAAACAAUCUCACAAUCGGAACCACCAUCUUCGAGGCCAUCAAAGCCACCGUCGACCCGACCACCCAGAUCGUCUUCUCCGAGGACCCCGACGCCGGAUUCAUCGAGCGCAACCACUUCUCCUACGCCGUCGUGGUGGUCGGCGAGCAGCCGUACGCCGAGACCUUUGGCGACAACCUGAACCUCACGAUUCCGGAGCCGGGGCCGAGCUUGAUCCAGAAGGUGUGCGGCAGCAUCAAGUGCGUCGUGGUGGUGGUCUCCGGCCGGCCGCUGGUGAUCGAGCCGUACGUGGGCGUCAUGGACGCGGUGGUGGCGGCCUGGCUGCCGGGAUCGGAAGGCCAAGGAGUGGCGGACGUGCUCUUCGGCGACUACGGGUUCUCCGGCAAGCUUCCGAGGACGUGGUUCAGGUCGGUGGAGCAGCUGCCGAUGAACGUGGGGGACCGGCACUACGACCCCCUCUUCCCGUAUGGAUUUGGCCUCACGACGAAGCCAGCGAGAGCUCAGCAGUAGAAGCUACAGAACUAACUCUACGCCUGUAUACGAUCGUUGUCUCGGCAAAGACAAUAAUAAUGACGCCAUUCGGAGGCGAAUAAUACUUUCAUUUCAUUGCUU